AUGCCUCGUCGCACUUUAACUCCCGCCACUCCCGCCUCUUCUGCCCCUCCCGUCGUCCCGCCCCGCGAUCCCUCUCUUCUAGCCCAGUCUGACCCAGAGUGGGCUGCCAACCUUCACCUCCUCAGACGCCAGUGGAAAUGGGCCGCGUUCAGCCAGUUCUUCUAUACCUUUGCACCCUUACUCGCAAUGAGCGAUGUCGCGUUGUCGGACAUCGAGGAUGACCUCGCGCGUUCUACCGCAAUAUACUUGCCCCGCGUAAUGCAAAGACUUCUAUAUACCCUUACCCAGGAUCGGAAAAUUACAAUCGACACCUGGCAGACCGGUCUGCGCAAGCAAUAUAUGAGACGUGAUCCUCCAGCGAAUCCAAUCGGUCCUGAACCUCCCGCGCCGUCUCGUCAUCCUUCCUCGAUCCCCGAACAGACUGAAGAGGAAUAUGCCAACGAUGACAGCAUUGCUGAGCCUUCGGGAGACGUCGUAGCCGUCGACUCGACUAAGGAAGCAGGACAAAACCCUGCCGGCGCCGCUGACAUCAGCAAAGCUACCUCUGAGCAGCCUGUUAAGCCAGAGGGAUUGAACCUGGAAUCCGUCCCGCCCACUCCUUCCGUGAAGAAGGAAGCCUCGCCUGAGCCAGAAGCUGACGAGCAGGAAGAGAGCAAAGACUGGCUCGAGCUCCCAAUGUUGACCAAACUCGAUUCCCUCCACCUCGUCACCGAAUGGCAGUUCCAGAAUCCUCAUCGUCUCCGGACGAUUAUGAAGGACGAUGACGAAGGUGCUCAAUGGCGAAUUGAACCUGUUGGAUACGACGCAAAAACGAACGCUUAUUGGCUUAUCGGUCCCGACCGUCUCUGGAUUCAGCGCGUCCCACCCAAACCUCCGAAAGGCGUCAAGCGCAAGCGAACGACCACCGCCAAGAAGGUUGCCACUGUGGCAUCCACAAGCAAAGAAGAACCAGAGGCCAACGAUUCCGAUAGCCCGAGGUCCGCGAAGCGCAAGCGCGCCCCGCCGCGGGCUUCCACCAGCCGUGCGUCCCGCAGCCGGAUACAACAGUCUACGGAGCAGCCUCAGGCAUCGGGCAGCAAGACGACACGCGCCGCGAAGCUGCAGGCGAACAAGAAGCUUGAUGCACAGGCGAAAGAGCUUGCGGAGUACCAGCGCCAGGCCGCACUCGCCGCCCGAUCCAGCUCGCGGUCGCACAAGAAGGGCGGGAGCCAGGCGUCGCCUGCGAAGCUGUCCCCGAGAGGCACGCGGACGAGUGCGCGGCUCAGGGGCUCUACGGCAAAGAAUGACGACGAAUGGCAAGAGAUACCGGACGAGUGGCUUCAUGAGACGGCCGAUUCGGACGCGAAGACGCCCGUGAAGAAGGGCAAGGGCAAAGAGGUGAGAGUACAGUCGGAGAAGGAAAAGGAAGACGAACCUUCAGAAGAUGCUGAGCUGCUGAGGACUGGGCUUGAGAGUGAUGCAGACUCGAGCGUAUUGACCGAACUUUCGGACGAUGUGGACGGUCGUCACGAGAGCAGCGCUCCGGAAGAGACCCAACCCCAGCCGAAUGGUAAAAGUAAAAGUGGCCGCAAGACUAGAUCGACAAAUGCGAAAGGAGCUGCUACUGCUGCUGAAGCUGUGGCAAGUAUAGAUACGGGUGCAGAAGAGCUGGAAGCUCCGCCGGAAGAGAAGCCUUGGAUACCCGCAGAUUUUAUAGAAUGGGAGACGAUCUGUGUCACGUUGCACGAAUGGGAGCACAUCUCGGAGCGCUUCGAGAAGUCAAAUCAUUACUUGGAGAGAGCCUUGUUCAAGGUACUCUCCCAACAGAUCGUCCCUGCCGUUACAGCGGAGCUGAAGGAAGCGAAUCGGAAAAGACAAAUGGAAGAUGCGAUCGUACACCGAAAGCGUUCUUCCCGUAUUGCGAUGAAGGAAAGCGAGAAGGAGGAAGCUCGCAUCGCUGCGCAGAAGAAGGCUGAAGAGGCUGAGAAGAUGGCUCGCGCGAAGCGGGUGGAAGCACGUGCGAGGAGAGAAGAGGCUGAAAGGGAAAAGAGGGAGCUGGCGCGGGAGCAGAGGAGAGAGGAGCGGGAGGAGAGAGAGAGGCGCGCUACUGAGAAGCAAGAGGGCGACGAGAGUGCAUCAAUCGACGUUAUUGACCGGGGAUCAUCUCGGUCGUCUAAAGCAUCGGUCGCGAAUGGCACCCAUUCCACUGGCUCUGUUCAAUUGAGUCGGGUAGCCACUCCCAGCGGUGUGCGCUCUCCAGACUGGAUCCUUGAUUGCGAGAUAUGCCACAAAAGCGGUAUUAAUCUGGACGAUGGCUUACCGAUGGUGUCCUGUGGACUUUGCAAUAAAUGGCAGCACAUAACAUGCCAUGACCUCGCAGACCAGCACGCCGGGCGACCGAGGAGGAACUGGGAAGUUCAACAGUUCUACUGCCGUGCAUGCCGUCAAAGACAUGCGAAUACGAACGGAUUAUCUCAUGGCACACACCAGCAGUCAUAUACGCAAGCUCAACAACAGUACCCGUGGACGCAGGCGGCUGCUGCCGAUGCAGUGCAUCUUCAGAAGACUGGAUCCUCUUCCUACUCUCGCGAUCCUUAUGCCCAGUCCACGUCCGACCUGCGUUUCCUCCCACGCCAAGCUGUCGAGAAUGGGACGAGUUACGGCCAGCAGGUAUAUCCACAAAAGGGCGUCCCAGCGCAGUCUGCAUAUGCACGCCAGCAGCAAGCCACUCCCGCGUUGACGUUUGCCCACUAUCAGCCGGAGCAGCGCAUGUUCUCGACGUCCCGUACUCCACAUGCCGUGCAAAUUCCUCCCGCGUGGCCGAGCAGACCUUCGUCUGCGGAUAAUAUGGGCUAUGCUCAACCGCAACCUGUGUCUCCUGCUGUUCAUCAAUCCGCCCAGUUCUCACCUCAAUACUCUCAGCCCCAAUAUUCUCAGAGUAGUGGGUCUUAUUUGAACAACAGGAUCCCGGCAGCAUAUGCGCCGAGUCCAAUACCCCAACGUCAGUUAUCAUACGGUGCAGGCAUGGAGAGCGCGUUGCCCGCCUCUAAUGGAACUAAUGGGGCUUGGAAUGCAGGCUCUAACGGCUACCAUUCCCCCAGCGCGAGUGCCACCCAAGCGGCCGCAGAGUCGCUGGCGUUCAUGCAGGAGUUGGCGAGUGGUCGGUCCGCUGGGUGGCAGCAGCCGACGAACUUCCAGGCGCGAACUAAUGGUGACUUGUCCGGAAGUUACGGUCACCAAAAUGUGCAUCCCGAUCACCAUGGCAUGGGCGCCACCCCCCAAUAUCACUAUUCUUCGUCUUCGUAA